AGGGAAGGGACGGAAAGAAAGGGCAGGGAGAGGAAAAAUAGAUAUAUGGGCAAAAGGGAAGGCUAUUUUAUUCGUGGGGUUCGGCGGAUGGGAUGGCAGAGAGAAAGCUGCCGCGAGAGAUGAACAGCAGCAGCAGGAGGGAGGGCUCUUAGAUUCGGCUGUUCCGAUCAUCGAUCUCUCCUUGGUCCGUGAUCUUUGCGAAGCCAUGGCGUCUGGGUUCCCGGGGCGCGAUCUCCGCGGAGGCUUGGGGUUCGGGGCCGGAUCCGCGAUCCAGGUGCCCCCGUUCGCGAACCGAUCGGAGCCUGCCGGCGGAGGUGGAGGAGGAGCGGCGGCGGCGGCGGCCGGAGGUCUCUUGAAGCGGUCGCUCAACGAGAUGGAGAGGCAGCAUCAGUUGCAGCUCCAGCACGCUCUUUUCCUCCGAUCAGUGAAGCGCAGGACCCAUCUCGCCUCUCCCAUCUCCCCUCUCUCUUCGGUCGGUCUCUCGUCGUCUUCGGCGUCUUCUUUUUCUCCUGAUCGUUCCGCUUUCACCACCUCUUCUUCUUCUUCCCUGUCCACCUCCUCUUUUUCUUCUGGUUUGGGCUACGCGCGAAGGCAGCAACCGAACGCGCCAGAUUUCUCCUUCUCGACGGCGGCCACAGUGCCGGCGGCGGCGGCGGCUGCGCCGUCUUGUGUGACCGAGUCGGAGAAUAAGUCCACGAUGCGGAAAAGGCUGCUUGAGGAGCUGGAGAGGCGACUCCUGGACGACGAGGACGAGGACGAGGACGAAGUCAGCGCCUCGGGCUGCUCGGCGGUGACCACCAGCGAGUGGAGCGAGGCGAUGCAGCGGCUCCUCUCGCCGACACCGGCGACGGUUGCGGCACAGCACCCGCUCUCCCCUUCGCCCACCACGUCCUCGUCCUCCACGACAUCGUCCUCUGCUUCCUGCUCUCCUCCCUCCGCCACGCCCUCGCGGCAGAUGCUCUUCGACACGGUGGCGGCGAUCGUGGACGGGAAUCAAAAGGCUGCCACUGCGAAUCUCGAGGUCUUGAAGCGGGCCGCGAACCGCCACGGCGAUCCCGAGCAGCGGCUCACGGCGAUGAUGGUGGCCGCGCUGUAUUCGCGGAUCGAGACGUCGCCACCAUCGUCCGGAGCGCUUCAUCAUCCCAUCGCCGAGCUCUGCAGCCCCGAGCACCUGGAGGCUACCCAGAUGCUCCACGAUCUCUCCCCCUGCUUCGGGCACGCCCUCCUCGCUGCCAAUCUUGCCAUCCUCGAGGCCACCAGGGAUGCCUCCAGGAUCCAUAUCCUCGACUUCGACGUCGGGCAGGGAAGGCAGUACAUGGCCCUCAUCCAGGCCCUCGCUGAGCACCAUCGCCAUCGCCCCUCCGCCAGGCCCCCCAACGUCAAGAUCACCGCCGUCGCGGACCCGACCUCCCCGUUCAAUUCCUUCAGCAACGUCAGCCGCCGGCUGAGGAUGGUCGGUGACCUGUUGGCGAAGCUGGCGGAGCGGUUCGGGGUGGUGCUCCGGUUCAGCAUCGUGUGCCGACGGGCGGCGGAGCUGGACGAGACGACGCUGGGGUGCGAGCCCGGGGAGGUGCUGGCGGUGAACCUGGCGUUCGUGCUCUCGCGGGUGGCAGACGAGAGCGUCUCGCCGGCGAAUCCUCGCGACGAGAUCCUCCGGCGGGUGAGGGCCUUGGGGCCGCGGGUGGUGGUGCUUGUGGAGCAGGAGAUGAACGGCAACACGGCACCCUUCGCGGCGCGUUUCGCGGAGGCGUGCGGGCACUACGGAGCGCUGCUGGAAUCGCUGGAGGCGACGGUGGGGCGGGAGAACGGGAAGCGGGCGCGGGUGGAGGACUGCCUCGCCCGAAAGGCGGCCAACUCGGUGGCCGGGGAGGGCGCGGACCGGAUCGAGCGCUGCGAGGUCUUCGGCAAAUGGCGGGCGCGCAUGGGGAUGGCCGGUUUCCGGCCCGUCCCGCUCGGCCCGGCCGUGGCUGAGCCGGUCAAGUCCCGGUUCGCCUCUACCGGGUCCAACCCUGGGUUCACAGUCAAGGAGGAGGCCGGCGGUCUCUGCUUCGGCUGGUCGAGCCGGGUCCUCACCGUCACUUCCGCAUGGCGUUAGGCCGAGGCUAUCAUCAUCACAUGAUUAAUUGUCAUCGUCAUCUUCAUCUUUCGUAUUAUUAUUACUACUACUGUUGUUGUUCUUGUCACCAACUUCUCUUUUUUUCGUUCUUUUCUUAUAAUUUUGCUGAUCAGUGAUAAUAAUAGUAUUUAUUGAUAACGUUAAUGUGGAUAUUAUUAUUUAACAUUGAUAUUUGAGCAUCUAUUCUAUUUCUAAAA